ACGUGUCUCUUCCUCUGUCCAUCACUCGGAACGGUCAGGUCACUCACGCGUCCUCCCUUCCGUCUCCAUUCACUGCCACUGGCCUCGAGAGAGCGUGCGUUCCACGCACCUAGUUCCUUUGGUUCGUCAGGCUCGACCACCGACCAGACAUCCUCUUCCAUGAGCUCCAGCUCAAAGGUAGUUUCUCCGUCCACAUGAUGGUCAUCGGACUGCUGAUGGCUCCCAAGAAACCUCUCGCUUCGACUAAUCGGUGGGGGAUGAGGAUGAGCAUGUGUGUGUGUGAAUAUAUAUACACUAAAGCUGAAGGUGGGGUCUAUAUAUAUCUCCGCAUGGGAAAGCACACAAGAUAUGUCGCAGUUCAGCUGUUCGACACGUGUUCACUCAUUGCAAGCAGGUCCAACUAAUUUUGUCUAUUAACGUUGACACGUGGUCUAAUCUGAACCCAUCAAUAGGCAGAUUGAGACCGGACUCGACGAGGGUGUUGUUGGAUUGGAGAGUGAAUGGCUAACGAUGGAGACCGACGAACUAAACUAGCAAAGUCUACAUGUGGUCCAUGAUUGUUCUGUCCUUUCCUUCUUUUUAACUUUGCCUCAAUUAUUAGUGUUUUUAUUAAUCAAUUGAUUACUCAAACUCUUAUCGUUUUUCCACUAUUCAUAUUCGAAUUCAUUACAUAAUCUUAUACCAUAAACACGUGACAUGCAUGUCCC